AUGCGUCGGCGUCUUCCACGCUUAUUUUCCUUUCGUGGUUUCUCCUCGCAGGCGAAGGACCGGUGGCAGCUGACGGACGAGCACCGUCCGACUGUGUCUGCUCUCGACAAGUACCGCCAGGUGCUCUCCGCCGACCGUCGCAAGGCGAUACGCCGGUCCGACUUUUUGAAGUUCACCGGCGGCCGUCAGCCUCUGAUUUCAUCGCAUCUGAAAGCCAACCUUCUCGGUAUGUGUCCCUCUGGAAUCUUCGUAUGGUGCAUCUUCGCUUGCUACAUGACCUACCGCAUUAUGCGCCCUGAAGACUAUGCGUGGGUAGACGCCGAACGACAGCGCAUCGAAGCGGCAAAAAUCAAGAUGCAGCGCAUCAUCGAAUUGGAGAAGCGUGGCGAGGCUGCAGGCACCUCAGCUAAAUAA